AGAAUUUAAAAACAUGGGAAAACGCAAAACAAAAGAAGAUAAUGCUUCGGAAGACUACGACGCGAACGAGUUGAUGAUUGUGCCGGGCGAGAAGCGUAAGAAAUUGGAAAAAUCUGGAGAAAAAUCUGCAACUGGUGGAAAGAAGAAUAGAAAUUUCGCGAAAGAAAAAGAGGUUGCCAAGCUGACGAAGCAGGCGAAACGAAAACUUGCGGCGGUUCAGUCAAGGAAAGCGCUGAAGCAAACGCAAGAAGAACUAUUCGCAGGACUUGCUGAAUUUCAACUAGAUCCUUCUAAGCUCUGCCAACUAAGUUCCAGCACAAAACUUUCUAAAGAGCCAGAAAAAGCUCCCGUAUUUCCAGAAAAAUUAAAAGUUUUCUCUGGCAAAACUAAAACUGAAGCUAAACGAACUCAGCAAGAUUAUUAUCCAACUGAUGAUGAAUCAUCUUCUGAAGAAGAAGAAGAAGAAGAAGAAGGCGAUAAUGAUAUUGAAGAUGCCGGAAAUACAGUUGAAGUUAAAAUUGAACCAAUUGACUUGGAUGAUGUUGAUGAGGCAAUUGAUGGAAAUCCAGAAACUAAUUUAGAUCAGAUUGUAGUAAAACGGGAAGAUGAUGAAGAGUCUGAUAAUGAGGAUAUUUUGGCGCUCCCAACUACGACAGUCAUUAAUCGAAAGAAAGUUAUUGUUGAGAGAAGCAAAGAAAUUCAAAAAUCCCGUGCCGAACUUCCAAUUUUUGCCGAAGAAAUGCGAAUUGUCGAAGCUAUCAAUGAGAAUUUGGUGACAGUAGUCUGCGGAGAGACUGGAUCCGGAAAGACCACCCAAAUUCCACAAUUCCUUUACGAAGCUGGAUAUGCAUCAGAAGGCGAACUCAUUGGAAUCACCGAACCUCGACGUGUCGCAGCAAUUGCAAUGGCUCAGAGAGUUGGAGUUGAAUUGGCAAAGCCCGACGAAGUUUCCUAUCAAAUCAGAUAUGAAGGAACUCGAUCAGAAACAACAAAUAUUUUAUUCAUGACGGAUGGAGUGUUGAUGAAGGAAAUGGAACAGGAUGUCAUGCUGAAAAAAUACUCUGUAAUUCUCAUCGAUGAAGCCCACGAACGCUCAAUGUACAGUGACGUGUUAAUCGGUAUGCUGUCAAGAAUUGUUCCACUUCGUUCCAAAACCGCCCGUCCGUUGAGAUUAGUAAUCAUGUCUGCAACACUGAGACUUGAUGAUUUCACGCAUAAAAAGCUCUUCCCUCUUUUAACUCCAAAAGUUAUCAAAGUUGACGCCCGACAAUUCCCUGUCUCCGUACAUUUCGAAAAACGAACUCCCGAUGAUUAUAUUGCAUCUGCAUUCCGAAAAACGUGUCGAAUUCAUGAAACUCUACCACCGGGUGCCAUUCUAGUCUUUGUUACAGGACAACAUGAAGUUAAACAGCUGAUUACAAAGCUGAAAAAACGAUAUCCGGUGGUUUAUGAGACUGAUAAAAACGGAGAGGUUCUAGUUAAAGGAACCAAAGAAUGGAAGGAAAAGAAGGUAGAAGCUGCCAAAAGUAUCAAGUUAGAAGAUUUUAAAGAAGAAACACCGGAAACUGAAGAUUUUGAAGAUGUAGAUGAUGGAUUAAUGGAUGGAGAUGAUAUGAAUGAAAGAGGUGCUGCUGAGGCGUUUGAUGAUUAUGAAGAAUUUGAGAAUGGGGAUGGAGAUUUAUCCGAUGGAAAAGUUGAGAACUCGAUUGGAGCUCCACCUGCUGACUGUGAACCACUUUACUGCUUACCUUUGUACUCAUUACUCUCAAUGGGAAAACAGAGAAGAGUGUUUGAUGAAACUCCGGCUGGAAUGCGUCUUUGCGUUAUUUCUACAAAUGUUGCUGAAACUUCAUUGACUAUUCCAGGCGUGAAAUACGUUAUUGACGGAGGUUUCGAGAAGCGUCGUCUCUACGAUUCAAUCACCGGAGUGUCACGUUUUGCAGUUUGUCGAAUUUCUCAAGCAUCUGGUGAUCAGCGAGCGGGACGUGCUGGAAGAAUCUCUGCAGGACACGCCUAUCGUCUCUACUCUUCAGCUGUAUACCAAGAUUUUGUGAAAUUCGCAGAUCCUGAGAUUCUCUCGAAGCCUGCCGAUCAGCUAGUACUCCAUCUAAAAUCGAUGAAUAUUGUUAAAGUUGUCAAUUUUCCAUUCCCAUCAGCUCCUGAUGAGCAAAUGUUGGAAUCGGCUGAGAAGCGUCUGUGCCGACUUGGAGCACUUUCUGAGAGCACGAAAAAUGGAAAAACGGAAGCAAGAAUCACGAAACUCGGAAAAACAUUGGCAGUGUUCCCACUGGCACCGUCUUAUGCAAAAUUCAUUGCUAUGGCCGAUCAGCAUAAUUUGAUGAGUCAUGCGAUUCUUCUAAUUUCAUUACUAUCAGUUCGUGAGCCCCUAAUCCCAGUAUCAUCCCUCCGUGGCGACACGCCAGAAGAAACAAAAGAAUUGAUGAAGAAUGUUCUGAAAGAAAGAAGAAGAUGGUGUUCACAUACUGGUGCCAGACGAUUAGGUGAUCUAAAAGUUCUCAUGCAUGCAGCUAGCGUUGCCGAGCAGAUAAAGUAUAACGCCCGUGAGUGCGAAAAAGUCGGUCUCCGAGUGAAAGCACUGGUUGAAGCAAGAAAACUACGUCAGCAACUCACAAAUAUUGUUAAUGCUUCUUGUAAAAAAGAACAUGCGGCUGCGUUGGAUUCAGAUCUGCCGCCACCAACUGAUCAACAGGCACAGCUUCUCAGACAAAUGGUUGUUGCAAGUUUUUCUGAUCGCCUGGCUCGUCGCGUCGAUCGUUCUGUCGGACAAGAAGAAGUUCAAAAAGGUGCAUACGAGACGACAUUAAUCAAGGGACACGUUUUCAUUGAUCCAUGCUCAGUCGUAUUCACAGAAGAACCAGAAUUUGUGAUCUAUCAAGAAUUGGUUCAAGUAAAUGAGAAGAAGCUGAUGACGUCAGUGUGUGCAGUUGAUAAAGAAUGGCUCAGUAGAUUGGCUGAAUCAUAUUGCAAUUAUGGAGAACAGGACAAGAAUCAGGAACCGAUUUACGAUCCAGUCAAAGAUAUGGUUGUGAAAACAGUGAAAGUGACAUUUGGACCGUUGAAUUGGGAAUUGCCGAACGAAAAUCGAAGUGUACCACAUGAUAUCAUGAUGUAUAGAUAUUUUGCACUAUUCCUCCUCGAUGGAUUGGUUUUUGAAAAACUCAAAGAAUAUACUCCGAAGCUACUAGCACCGCCAUCAACAAUGGUCAAGUCUUGGGCAAAAUUGCAGAAACGAACGGAGAUGUUGUUGAAUAAGUUAAUCGAGAAGGAGGUAACAACGCGAUCAUCACUGAAAGAGCAAUGGUUGAAAAAUGAGAAUUGGUUGCUGGAAGAAUAUUUGGAAUGGGUUCCAGAAUCCGUGCAUCAACAAAUUUCCCUUAUGUGGCCACCGCUUGAAGAUCAUGAAAAGACUAUUAAAAUGGGUAGAAACAAGAAAUACUAAACAAAUUCUCGUUUUUCUAUCCUGAAAAUAUUAUUUUUUUUUGUUUUUUUUUUUUCAUUAGUAUCUGAAUUGUUAUACAUAUUUUACUUGUUACUGUUGCUUUUGAACUUCUUUUUUUUUUUUGAAAAAUAUUUGCGUUGUUGUUUUUAUUGUUUUAGUGAAAAAAUAUAAAAAGAUCAAUU